AUGCCCAGAAGUCCGAUCACGUUGACGGAGAUCAUUUAUGACGUCACCAAUCCGUUGCCGCUUAAUGUUAAUCCAGCACCCCCACCGUUUACUACGACCCAUGAUUACCCCGGAAGUGUAAACUUAGCUAUGAACCACCUCCAGAGAAGCCUAAGGCUGAGGCAACGUAUAGACUCCCUAGUAUAUGGGUACUAUUUAGGGAUGCUGUAUGCCAAUGGAACCCGGCAACAGCAGAGCCAGUUUAGGGACAUGGUUAAACGACAUUAUUACACCUCCGCCAUCCGUACCUACGAUGUGUUCUUGAAGUAUGGAAUAGAGCAGAUCUACCGAACCACCAAAUUAGAGCUCUACGACCUACGCAAGUUGAAGUUAAAAGAGCUUCAACAGCUCACCGAAGAAAAUCAUGCGUGGGACGCAUGA